UUUAUUUUUUAUCUUAACUUGCAGGCAGCCUUGGCCCAGGCUUUUUGGAUUGAUAUCAAGCGCAUGGAUGACCCAGAGUGUUACUUUAAUUCUCUGCCCAAGGAAUUAGAAGUAAAAAGAGAUCGGAUGGUGCGUUUACUUACCAGCGUCGGCCUGAAACCCAUCAUUCCUGAUGGGGGUUACUUCAUCAUUGCCGAUGUGUCUUCCUUAGGUGCUGACCUCUCUGACAUGAAGAGCGAUGAGCCUUAUGACUAUAAGUUUGUGAAGUGGAUGACGAAAAAGAAGAAACUGUCAGCCAUCCCUGUUUCAGCGUUCUGUGACUCGGAGUCUAAACCACAGUUUGAGAAGCUGGUGCGGUUUUGCUUCAUUAAAAAAGACAGCACACUGGAUGCUGCUGAAGAAAUCAUCAAGGCAUGGAACAGCCAGCAGUCUUGAUAUAAAAUAGGUGUGAGUGUUCCAGCCUCUUGCAAGGGCUCAGUACUCAGUGCUGCCACCUUGUGGGCACUAUAAAGAAAACAUUUCAGGCAAACAUCACUGUCUUUCCAAAAUUCACCCUAUUCCUAACACUGUUUAGUAAAUUCUGGUUUUAUUCAUUUGGAAUAUAUUAAAAUACUUUCCUGUAA